UGAGCACAUGUGCAUCGUGGCUAUGGUGGCAAUCGAGGAAAGCAAUAAUAUAGCUAUAUAUAUAGAUCUUAAUUAGUUUACUUACAGAAAUCUAGCCAAUUUUUUCAUAGCCAUGAAUUUGAAUGAAGAAUCUUCCCCAAUACCAUUUCUGAACACGAGUAUAACUUCUCCAGAACCCUUCGAAUCCAAAUCGAAGGCCAAGGCAAUUUUAUUGACAUGGAAAGAUGUGUCGGUGAUGGUGCCGGAUCGCACGGUGGAGGGGGGCCGGCGCCACAUCCUCCGGGGGCUCACCGGGUACGUAGCGCCGGGCGAAGUUGUGGCCGUCAUGGGGCCGUCUGGCAGUGGGAAGUCCACUCUUCUUGAUGCCUUAGCAGGAAGAUUAGAUUCCAACACUAACACUAGACUGAAGGGAGACAUCCUUGUUAAUGGUCGAAAGGAGGCAUUGGCCUUUGGCACUUCUGCCUAUGUUACCCAAGAUGAUAACCUAAUGAGCACAUUAACGGUAAGAGAAGCCAUGUACUACUCAGCUCAACUCCAACUUCCCGAUUCAAUGUCCAAAAAAGACAAGAAAGAUAGAGCUGAAGCUACCAUAAGAGAUAUGGGGCUACAAGACGCCGUCGACACAAGAAUUGGCGGGUGGGGCGCAAAAGGGAUUAGUGGGGGCGAAAAGAGAAGACUUAGUGUUGGCAUAGAAAUUCUAACAAGCCCAAAGCUCUUAUUUCUCGAUGAGCCGACUAGUGGUUUGGACAGUGCCGCUGCAUUCCAUGUCAUGAAUCAUAUAGUCAAACUUUCGAAGCAUGACAAUUUAAGUGUUGUUGCGUCAAUUCACCAGCCUAGUAGUGAAGUAUUCGAGCUUUUCAAAAAUCUUUGCCUUCUAUCCGGAGGAAGAACUCUCUAUUUUGGCUCGACUAUGGGAGCAAAUGAGUUUUUUGCUUCAAAUGGCUUUGUGUGCCCGACUAUGAGGAAUCCAUCCGAUCACUACCUCAGAACAAUUAACAAAGACUUCGAUAUGGAUGUUGAACAAGGAAUUGUUGGUACUACAAGAAGUGCAUCAGAAGCUACAGAAAUUCUGAUUAAGGCAUAUCAGACAUCGGACACUUUUCGACAAGUGCAACACUAUGUGAAUAUGAUAUCUUGUGAAAAGAAUGAUGGAUCACGGACGAAGAAGAUAAUACGACGAGCAGGAUUCGUGACUCAAUGUCUAGUUCUCACCCAACGAUCAUUUGUGAACAUGUCUCGCGAUCUUGGCUACUACUGGUUUCGAUUCGGCAUAUAUCUUGUCUUGAACUUGUGCAUAGGAACACUCUUUUAUGACAUUGGUCAUACCUACGGUUCGAUCCAAGCUAGAGGUUCAGUGCUCACGUUUAUUUCCGCUUUCAUGACGGUAUUGUCUGUUGGAGGUUUCCCUUCUUUCAUAGAAGAUAUGAAGAUAUUUUCGGGCGAAAGGCUUAAUGGACACUACAGUGUGGCAUCAUUUGUUGUAGCUAACUCUUUAUCUUCCAUCCCUUACCUUCUACUAGUAUCUGCAAUUCCGGCAACAAUGGCUUAUUACCUAGUGGGCUUACAAAGAAGCUUCGAUCACUUUGUGUACUUCAUAUUGCUUCUCUUUUUGGACUUGAUGUUGGUCGAGAGCCUCAUGAUGGCAGUGGCACCAAUUGUGCCCGAUUAUCUUACAGGGAUCAUAACAGGUUCGGGGAUUCAAGGUGUAUUCUUGUUAAACGGGGGUUUCUUUCGCUUGCCUAAUGAUAUUCCGAAGCCCGUAUGGAAGUAUCCCGUGUACCACAUUUCUUACCACAAGUAUGCCUUCCAAGGUUUCUACAAGAAUGAAUUUCAAGGUUUGAUAUUUCCUAAUGAGCUUAAAGGGGGACAAUCUGUCAUCACCGGAGAUGAGAUAGUGAAAAAUGUGUGGCAAAUGGAGACGAGUUACUCUAAGUGGAUCGAUUUGGUUGUCAUUCUUGCAAUGCUUGUUGUCUAUAGGCUUAUGUUUUGGGGUGUUUUAAUAGCUAGUGAGAAGUUUAAGCCCAUGGUUAAGGGUUUUUUAACAAGAACAAAGGAUUGAUUUUAACAAGAACAAAGGAUUGAUACGAAGAAAUCUAUGCUCUAAGGAAAAUGAUUAUGGAGGAGUUGUUAGGUUAGUUAUACCCAUGAUUAUUUAUAAGUGUGUAAUAUAUAUAUAUAUAUACACGGUGCUGAUUUUGGAAAAUUAUCAUACAUAAUAUAUAUAGAAACAAUACUUUUUUUUUACUACACACAACAUAUGUUGUUUGUAGUAACAGCAUGCGUUGGUUUGUUCAUAAUUACACUGUGUAUUGUAUAAGAGUAUGUCAUGUGCUAAACUGUUGUAUAUGUUGUGAAUGUAUUGUAUUUAUAUUAUAUUAACGGAUAUUGUGUGUUUUAUAUGGUAAUACCGUAUGCUAUCCGUUAACACAUGGUGUACUAUUCAGGUCGCCGUCUAUAGGAGAUUUCAUGAUGCACUAUGUGUAAUCUCUUUUAGAACUUAAGAAUCAAAUAACUUAUAUUAUUGAGUAAA